AUGGAAACCAUCAACGCUGAGAUCCUGACGCUCACAUACGGCAGCAUCGUGCGGCAGUUGAUCUCCGACUAUGAAGACGUGGAUGAGGUCAACAAGCAGCUAGAAAAGAUGGGGUACAACAUCGGCCAACGCCUGAUCGACGAGUACCUGGCUCGCUCCAAGACAACCUCCUGCUCCGACUUCAAGGAGGUCGCGGAACGCAUCGCCCACGUCGGCUUCAGGAUGUUUCUGAACACCAGCGCCAGAGUGGCGGCUUGGGCCCCCGACGGUCGGUCCUGCAGCCUGAUCCUGGAGGACAACCCCCUCACGGACUUUGUGGAGCUACCGGAGCAGCUGCGGGGGCUGAGCUACAGCAAUAUCCUGUGCGGUGUGAUUCGCGGGGCCCUGGAGAUGGUGAACAUCGAUGCAGAGUGCAGUUUUGUGAGGGACUCGCUGCGGGGCGACGACGCGACCGAGCUGCGCCUGACGUUCGUGGCCGCAGCGCCAGAGGCCUACCCCUACAAGGACGACGAUUAG